AUGGCGACCCAUUCAGAACAAACGUGCCGACGCUGCUCCUGCCGGAGGAAGGCGUGUCUGCGGCGUCGCGCGCUACAGCGGCGCCAGGCCAAGUUCGUGCUCCAGCACCGGCAGCUCCUACUGGGAGCGCUCUUCCAGUACAGGAGGAGGCAAUACCCCGCUGUCGCCCCCAAAGAGCCCUUCGUUGAGAUGGAGAGCGACGACGAGAUCGCGAUCGACAGCGAAGACCUGAAGGUCAUGCGCGACUCGGUCGACACGAUGCAGCAGCAAUUGCGUCGCGGUCUGCGUGAUAUUGCGGAGAUCCGCGAGCUGGUGAAGCAAGCGGCGGCUCAACGGGAAGUCGAGAAGCGCGAGCUGAGCACGCGAAGACGCUCUCCGUAUGAAUUGGACAGCGCAGUGUCGUUGGCUGCCGGCGCGCAGCGAACGAGGAAGAAGAAGCGGCAGGAGAGCGCUAGCGAUUUGGAGACGGUCGCCAAUGUCGCGUGGCUGGCUUCCAUGCUUCAUCCAGAGCAGCAAUCUCCGGCUCCGCAAGUGGAAGUUCAACACAAUGAAGUCAUCGCAAGUAGCCGCCCAAUUGUGCCGGAGAAGCAAGCACUGCCAGCUCAGAUGAGCGUGGAAGUCUUGGAGCAGAAGAAAAUGCUGUUGCCGUACCUUGACAAGAUCGAGUACAUCAAUUGCCAGCUACGGUAG